AUGGUCGUCCAAGUCUCGUGUCCCGUCAACGUCGAACCUUCUUCCCCCAACGCGGGAAUUCACAGCCAUGCGCCGCCUCCCGAGCAACCACAAAUAUCAACCAGGCCAAAGAUUCACUCGAUGCGCUACCACGCAAGGAAUGUCUACGUUGGCACAACGACCAUGCCAUCGGCAUUCUCGGUCCGUCCUGCCAGCGGCAUCGGCAACGUAGAUGAGACUAGUGAUUACGUAGUCGAGCUCUUUUACCAUCGCAACCGAGCUUGCAAUCUUCACCGGACCGAGGACGACUUUCGGGCCCUCGUCAGCGGGAUUUUAUCAAACAACGUCGUGCCCAACAUGCCCUCGCUGACCUCGCCUCCAAGAAUACAGGAUCUGGAGGCUGCAUUGGCCCUCGCAAUCCGAGCAGACCGAACGGGAUGUGCUGUCGAGUAUUUCCUGAGGCGGCGCAUGGAGGACUGCGGUGGGAGCUGA